UUAAAAUGGCGCUGCUUAAAUCGAACGAAAAAUUUAAUUAAGAACGAAAUUAUGAAGAUGGAUUUCGAAGCUAUUUAAUCGAUCAUUUAUCAAAUGUAAUAUAUUUGUUUUUUAAUGUAACGAAUUGAAUAGUUAUUUUAAAAGGAUUAUAUUAAUGUAGUGUUACGCCCUUCCUCGUAUAAGGGCACAAUCAUAUUUGUACAAUUUGAUUGGUUACUAUCCCACUCGAAAAAAAAGAUGGAUACGGAGAAGGUGGAUGCAUGACGUAAACAUCAUCUUUGCUAUAUAGGUAUAUACUCAAUUUUAUAAAUGUAAGCUUUAUAAAUACUCUUCUCGAUAAAUAUAUCUGAUCGGGCAGUGUAUAUGGUGACUGACAGCGUUACAGGAAUGUCGCUGGAUCAUAUGUUCUGUUCUCGAUGCCGAGAGGGCUUUGUGGCACACGAAAAGAUAGUUAAUUCUCAUGGCGAAUUAUGGCAUCCUCAGUGUUUCGUAUGUGCACAAUGCUUUCGACCAUUUCCAGAUGGAAUUUUUUAUGAAUUUGAAGGCUACAAAUAUUGCGAGCAUGAUUUUCAUGUUUUAUUUGCACCUUGCUGCGGCAAAUGUGGAGAAUUUGUCAUUGGUAGGGUAAUAAAGGCAAUGAAUGCAAACUGGCAUCCAGGAUGUUUUCGGUGUGAAGAAUGUAAUGGAGAAUUAGCAGAUGCAGGUUUUAUCAAAUGCCAAGGCAGAGCUCUUUGCCAUACUUGUAAUGCUCGUGUAAAAGCUGGUGCUCUUGGAAAGCAUAUUUGUCACCAAUGCCAUGGCGUUAUUGAUGAUAAACCAUUGCGUUUUCGUGGUGAAGUUUACCACCCAUAUCAUUUUAAUUGCACAGCAUGUGGAAUAGAACUUAAUUCAGAUGCAAGGGAAGUUCGUUCUAGGCCAGGUUAUGCUGCCAAUGAAAUGAAUGAAUUAUAUUGUUUGAGAUGCCAUGAUAAAAUGGGCAUUCCUAUUUGCGGUGCUUGUCAUCGACCUAUAGAAGAACGUGUUGUAACUGCUUUAGGGAAACAUUGGCAUGUAGAACAUUUUGUAUGUGCAAAAUGUGAGAAGCCAUUCCUUGGACAUCGCCAUUAUGAGAAAAAAGGUCUUGCAUAUUGUGAAACGCAUUAUCAUCAACUUUUUGGAAAUCUUUGCUUUGUGUGCAAUCAAGUUAUUUCUGGUGAUGUUUUUACAGCCUUAAAUAAGGCAUGGUGUGUUCAUCACUUUGCAUGUGCGUUUUGUGAUCAGAAGAUGAAUCAAAAAACAAAAUUCUUUGAAUUUGAUUUAAAACCCGCAUGCAAAAAAUGUUAUGAUAAAUUCCCCCAGGAACUAAAGAAGCGUAUGCGACGUAUGUACGAUUCAAAUCCCAAAAGGAUACCAGCUUAAUAUUUUAUAUCAGAUGGAAAAGGAAAAGAAAUUCUUCAUAUUUUCUUAACAUUUUCUUAAUAUUUUCCUGUCUUUAACUUCUAAUCUUUACAUUAAGGUGCCUUAUAAAACUACAGAUAAAAUUUGUUAUAUAUUAAACCAUGUUAUACUAAUUAUUAAAGGAUAAAUAUUGACAUACCA